UUUCAGAGAUUUAAAUCAAUCGUUAUUAAAAUUUUCAUAAUGCAACAAUCACCUGAUAAAAACGAUUCUCUUAGUCUUUUGGAAAGCACUAAUCGUGAUAGCAAUUUUUCGACCUACCAAGCCGAUCGGGAACAACUUGAACGUUUGAAGUCACAUAAUCGUGUUUUGGAAUGCGAAUUUGCUGAUCUUCGUCGACAGAUGCCAAUACUUAAGGAUGCAGAAGGAAAGGAUGUUACCGCUGAGUUUGCAAAACUUGCUCGCGAGUUGCAAAAAUACAAGGAUGAAUGUGAUAAUUGGGCAGAACAGCAUCGCAAUUUGCUUAAGAAACAUGACGAUUUUGAGCAGAAUACUAUGGAAGAAAUUGGUAUUCGUGACAAGCAAUUGGAAAAUUUGAAGAAAAUUGGAUUUGAAUUGGAAGAUGAAAAUGCUCAGCUUCGUGAAAAACUUCAAGAUGAAAUUGCAAAGAAUAAACAUGUGGAGCAGGCAGCAGUUGUUGGUCAUGGACUGGAACAUUCGCUUGAAGAAUUGCAUAUUCGCGAUCAAAUUCGUAAUAGCAUUGCAAAAAUACCAGGUUAUCCUAUUUCUUCUUUUUCAAAUUUAUAUCUUUUAGGCUUGUCGUCUGCUCAAAUCGCUGCCCAAUUCAACGAAUCUUUUGCUGAUUUAAAUCCAGAUGAUGCUGAACAGAUUGCUGCACAUAUUUUUAUGAUUCUUGAGAAAUUGGAAAAUAACACUCGGGCAAAUGAAGAACUUCGUUCUGGAAUUUUUGCUUUUCUUUCACAACAUGGUUUUAAUGCUGAUGAGAAGAAAUUUGCAACGUUUUCUGGUGUUAUUAAAGAAAUGCUUCAAAAACGUCAAAAUGAAAUCCGUGCGGCAAAUGAUCGUUUGGGAACAAAAUUUGGUGGUAGCAUUGGUGGCAAAGAAUUUGAGGCUUGUAUGCGUCAACUCAAUCAGGACUCUCUUUCAUUUUCAAAUACACUUCCUGGAGGUGCUGCUGAUGCGGUUUUGGCCCGACAAUCUAUUAAUACGACAAUAUUUGAAUCUGAAAAUGUGACAAUGGAAUCAGUUGCCGCAAUGCAUUUGGCAGAACAAACAGCCAAUAUUGCAGAAUCUUGUGUCAAAAUGUUUGAUCGUCUGCGUGGCACUGCUGAAUUCUUUUUGCAACUUUUGGAGACAAUUUCUGAGGGUGGAGAGUCUGAACUUGGGAAAGAAUUGAUGCAGAAAAUUGAGUCGCUUCGUUUGGAUCUUAACAAAUCAAUGGGAGACGCACGUUCUAUUUUGGUUGAAGCGAAAGAUGCCGAAAAGAAUGCUCGUUCAUUUUUGGAGCAAACUUUGCAUCAAGUUUCUGUCAUGAAUUCAACUGUCUAUAGUACAAUUUCCAACCAAUCAAGAAUGGUUGUUGAUGUGGGUACUAGUGCUAUGGAACCGGGAAUUUGUGUUAUGGAACCAUCUCCGAAGUUGCCUCAAAGUAAAGAAAUUAUUGAAAGUAUUUGUGGGGAGCUGAACAGAAUUUAUGAUACUAUGUUUGUUCUGCUAGAUUUUUUGAAAAAUUUUCUAAUUAAAAUUUUUAGGUCUGACGUUUGCACAAGUAGUAAGAAAAUUGCACCAAAAACUGGGAAGGGAACGUCUAAAAGUGGGACGUCAACAAGUAAGAAGAGUAGCGGUGUCAAUAAGAAUAAGAAUGAUGGACAAUUUAAGAAACCAAAGAAUGAGACGAAAGGUGACAAGCGUAAUUGA